AUGACACUCCACAUGGCAAAGGUGCAUGGCAACUUGCAAACUCACCUGGCUAAGGGACACCCUGACCGCUUUUGGAGAAUCUGGUGGGAGCUGCUUGGGCUGGUUGGCUUGCUGAUGCCGAUCAUCUUGGUGCACAUAGGCAGUAUCUGUCUGCUUCAGUUGGACUGGCGAAGAUAUCUGAACGAGGACAAUGGCUUCUACCGCUUGAGCAUGGAGUAUGGCAACGUGGACAACCCUGACGAGCGUAUCGGGCAGAACAUCGCAUCCUUUACUCAUUUCUCCAUUAAACUGACUACCAGCCUGUUGAAAGACUUUCUAAACAUUACCAUGAGCUCCAUGAAGCUCUACGCGAUGUCACCGACUCUUUUCUACAUCUUGGCGGCCGUAUCGGUGAUCUACACCCUCGUUUCUAUUGGCUGUUUUGCUGGACCUCUCAUACGGAUUCAGCGCCGCGUUCUGGCCGUGGAGGCAAAUCUCCGGUACUGCCUGGUGCGCAUUCGGGAGAGCGGUGAGUCGGUGGCCUUCUUCCGUGGCUACAAAUACGAAUAUGAGUGCUGCGAGAAAGUACUGGAUUAUGCGAUCUGGGCAGAAUACAAGAAACAUGCUAUCGAAAUCCUGUUCGGCCUUUUCAAGCAUGUGACUGAACACGCUGUCGAGCUCAUCCCUUUCGUGGUGGUAGUUCCCAUGUACUUCAAUGGCACGGUGGAGUUCGGGGCCAUUGCCCAGUCACACGCUUACUUCAAGAAGAGCAUGUCGGGCAUGAUGGACUUGGGAGGGGAGCUCAACAACAUCGCGAAGCUCGGCGCCGAGUCCGUUCGCCUGAAGGAGCUUUGGGACGCGCUGCGAAAGAUCAGCGAGGAAGGAAAAGGCGCCUCCGACGCAAAGAGCGAAGCAUCGACCGCAACGGAUUCCGAAGACUUGUCCGACAUCGAGGCUCUCAGUUCUUCCGAUGAGAUGGAGAAGCUGCACGUGGAGGACUUGGACUCGGAUUUGCAGUCGACGCUCCGGAUCCAGGUGGCGGAGCUCACUCUCUUCCCGCCUCUGGGCGACGCUCCGCUGAUGGAGGGCCUCUCGUUCAGCCUCCACGCGGGACAGUCUCUUCUCAUCGAGGGGCCCAGUGGAUCAGGAAAAAGCUCCCUGCUCCGAGCCAUCGCGGGUCUUUGGGUAAGUGGGCAUGGCACAAUUCGGCGAACGAGGCUUGAGAGAUGUUUCUUCGUGCCACAGACGCCCUACAUCUGUCUCGGCUCACUUCAUGACAACCUCCUCUAUCCGCGCCGGGAGGGUGUGGAGGAGCCAAGUAGGAAACAGCUGAACAUCGACCAUCUUCCGAAACGCUUUGGCAUGGAUGAGGAGGAAAGGCAGCGGCUGAAUCUGGCGAGGCUUCUGCUCCAACCGAACGUGGAUCUGGCCAUCCUUGAUGAAUCGACGUCUGCCCUGGAUGAGGCAAAUGAAAGGACGGCCUACGAACUCGUGAAGAACCACGUGGCUUGCUUCGUCUCUGUGGGCCACCGUCCCGGCCUGGUGGCCUGCUUCGCACCGAUUUGGCGGCACUUCCGCGAACUUCGUUCCGAGGGCCUAGGACGCGGUCUCGCCCGGGACGGAUUGGUGGAGCUGCAAGCCACCGCCACCUACAUCAUCGACCAAUGGGGGGAGCAGUCCGUGGAGUUCGUGUCGGGCUGGUACAAAGAGUUCUACCAGCUGCGCGAGACGGGACGAGCCAUCGUGGACCUUCCUGCCAACCAUGGCUGCUCGAACGGCACCGAAGGAUCCACUGGCGCUUGUCAGCUCCCAUUGCACACUCUUUGGAUUUCCUCCCUGCUGCCUGACACCUCCGACGUCCACGGAGGAUUUUGCCUCUUCGGCUACGUGGCGGCGCUGAGCUGUUUGCUGACGCACAUGAGGGGAACGAUUGCAGGUGAGAAUGAGCGAGCUCUCAGGGCGAGGAUGCAGAAUGCACUCGGGCCGGAGCGGUCUCUGGAGCUGCUUCUGGAAAGCUCACCCUGGAACCUGUCUUCCGCUAACCUCGGUCUCGAGCCACCAAAGGCGAUGCUAUCUCCGGUGGACCUGGAGCCCUGGGCUUGGCAGCCACUACCGCAGGCUUCCAAGAUGAUCCAGACUGCCCAGGAGCCACCGGUGUUUCGCCUGGCUGUGGUUGGACACCAUGCGGGAAUGUCACUGGAGCCAGCCAUGGUCAUGGCAGCCGCCCUCGCCGAGCUCGCCGAGGAGGAGAAGCUUCAGAUCCACUUCGUCGGCCAGUACUACUCCUGUGAGCUGCUGGGCCGCUGCGACCAGGACGCCUUGCAGGAUGUCUUUCGACAGUGGAUGUUUGACGAAAGUGUUCGACAGGGCCUCGCCGCGACGGAGCCCUCGCCAGCUGUGUGGCCAGAACUGCGUCGGGCCGUGGCAGCGGAACCAGCACUCCUAGAGGCCAGCGCGUGGGUAUGCACUGGCAUUUGGCCGCUCUGCUGGAUGCUGCAGCAGCUGUCACAACAGCCCGUGUUUCACUACAUGGUGAACUGGCUGGUUGGCGAACACACCCCUCCAGAGUGGCAUGUUUCACUCGUUGCUGAAGCUGCCCGCGCCGGUGGCGAAAGCAUCCAGAGCAGCAAGCACCACUUUUGCACGGCCGCCUGGGCGCGGCUUUCCGUGGACAUCUCCUACCUCCUGGGCCUCAAGGAAUACUUGGGACAGAUUCUGCCGGCUCUGGGCCGGAUUGGAGCUGGAGAAGGUCGGCCAUGA